UAGUACAAUAUAUACGCGGUUUGUUUUUAGCCAGCUAAGUUAGCAUAACUUAGCUAAGCAUUUGGAUGUUAUCUGGCUAGUUAGCAUGUUUAUUAAAACCACAAUGUUGUUGUGAGGAAGAUGUCUGCUCUGGAGAGAUGACUGGCUAUGCAAGGGUUUAAAGACUGUUAAGAAUCAUAUCAGGAUUUGUGCAAUGCAGUGAACCAAAUGGGUCACCGCUGCGCCCGGGUCCUUUUCCUCGUGCUGCUCUUGGCGUUGCAGACGUUAGCUGAAGAUGUCUCCAUCGAGUGUGUGUGCAUGGGCAGUAACUGCAUGGCACAGCAGUGUAAAGGCGAUCAGUGCUAUUCCUCCGUGACCGUCAGAGAUGGCGUGCGCUCAUUCCAGCGCGGCUGCCUGAUUGGCCCCGACAGCAGGAGCUUGACCUGCUCGGCUUCUCCUUCGACCAGUCACGUGAUCGAAUGCUGCGCUCGGCCCAUGUGCAACGCCAACGCCUCACAGGACUCGCUCGUUCAGCUGUUGCUCAGAAAUCCAGAAGGAGAACCCAUGCGGUACAAUGUGGAGACCCUGGUACUGUUGGUCCUGGUUCCUUUUGCUGUGUUGGCACUGCUCGCCCUGCUGGCUGUGCCCGUGUGCCGGCGCCUGCACCCACGCCAACUGGAGCGACUGCACGAGUUCGACACGGAGCAGGGAGCCAUUGACGGCCUCAUCGCCUCCAACGUGGGCGACAGCACCCUGGCGGACCUCCUGGAUCAUUCCUGCACGUCAGGCAGUGGCUCAGGUCUGCCGUUCCUGGUGCAGAGGACAGUAGCGCGGCAGAUCAGCCUGGUGGAAUGUGUUGGGAAAGGACGGUAUGGAGAGGUGUGGAGAGGACAGUGGCAGGGAGAGAAUGUCGCCGUGAAAAUUUUCUCCUCCAGGGAUGAGAAGUCCUGGUUUCGGGAAACAGAAAUCUACAACACGGUUCUGUUACGGCACGAAAAUAUAUUAGGGUUCAUGGCAUCAGACAUGACGUCACGCAACUCGAGCACACAGCUGUGGUUGAUCACGCACUACCACGAGCACGGCUCGCUGUACGAUUACCUGCAGCGCACCGCAGUGUCCGCGUCCGACGCCCUGAACAUGGCCGCCUCGGUGGCCAGUGGCCUGGUGCACCUGCACGCCGAGAUCCUGGGCACUGAGGGCAAGCCAGCCAUCGCCCACCGGGACCUCAAGAGCAAAAACAUCCUGGUGAAAAAGGACAUGCACUGCUGCAUUGCUGACCUUGGUCUGGCAGUCACUCACACACAAGCAGACAAUCAGCUUGAUGUAGGUAACAACCCCAAAGUGGGCACUAAGCGCUACAUGGCCCCCGAGGUGCUGGAUGAGACGAUUCAGAUGGACUGCUUUGAUGCCUAUAAGAGAGUGGAUAUCUGGGCGUUUGGCUUGGUGCUCUGGGAGGUCGCCCGACGCACCUACAGUAACGGGAUCGUGGAGGACUACAAGCCUCCGUUCUACGACCUGGUACCGAACGACCCCAGCUUUGAGGACAUGCGCAAAGUGGUGUGUGUGGAACAGCAAAGACCCUUCAUCCCCAAUCGCUGGUUCUCUGAUCCGACACUCUCAGCCCUGGUGAAGCUGAUGAAGGAGUGCUGGUACCAGAACCCAUCGGCCCGCCUGACAGUGCUACGCAUUAAAAAGACUCUGGAUAAAAUUCUCAGCUCGUUAGAAAAGGGAAAACCGGAGUGCUGAGCCCAGACUUUGGAGCAUCGUCGUUAUUCUGGACCCGAUUUGGGAUCAUCUCCCUCGAAACAUGUUCUGUGGAGCCCAGGGCUUUCACACUUCUGCUCCAGCUUCCUGGGAAGGAUUCAAGAGGAAACGUGAGAAGUUGUUCGUCCCUUGUACUGAAGCAGCUGCAUAGUUAUCGGGGAGUGGAGCUGAUCCUAGAUCUGUUUUUAAAAACUGGAAAGACAGACAGCCUCGUCAUAGGAGUGUGAAACGCAACGCUGGAUAAAUGCUACCGACUUGAGCAGCUUUUUUUUUUUUUUUU